CGAACCCAACAUGGGGGACUCUAAGCUCUGCCUCUUGCUGCUUCUUAGCACAACUGCCUUGGCUUUUGCCCAAGAUGAAGACCAACCAACUUGCCUUUUGGCAACAAGGUACAAGACCCUGCACAAAUAUGAAUACCGGUAUGAAGCUGAAUCUCUGAACGCCAUCAACGGAGCCUCAAACCUCCGGAAUGGACCCAAGGGAUCUUGCAUGGUUGAAAUUGAAGUGCCUCAGACUUGUAGUUACAUCGUCCGCACCACAGGCUGUAGCCUGAGCGAGGUGGUUGACAUGGACGCAGAGGGAAGCCCUGUGUUCGGUCCUGCUGCCGGCUCUGAUGCCUUUGCUGCUGAAAUGGAGAAAUAUCCUCUGAAGGUUGUGGUUGAGGGUGUGUACGAUGUGAAACUGUACCCAGAAGAUGGUGAGACAACAACCAUCCUGAACAUCAAGAGGGGUAUCAUCUCUGCCCUGGCUGUCCCUCUGCUGGAAGAGGAGAAGAACAAGAACAUGCCCACCAUCCAUGGCAAGUGUAAGACUCUUUACAAUGUCAACGCCAGAGAGGACAUUGCAACUGACAUCAGCCUUUCCAGGGAUCUGUCCACAUGUGACAAAUUUGUCCCAAUCAGAACUCACACCAGCCCUCUUGCUCUUAUCCCCAGCAUGCACUACCCUGUUUCCAAGCUGAUCAAAAGCACACAGAACUGCAACUACAAGUUCGACAAUGAGAAACAGCACAUGGUCUCUGGCUCCUGCACUGAGAACCACAUCCUCAUCCCCUUCUCACACAAGGGAGAAUAUGGAGUUACCAAUGUUGGAAAGCAAGAACUGACUCUGAUUCAGGUUUCUCCUUACAAUGAGAGAGUCUUUGAAACAAGUAACAUUGUCAAGGGACUUCACAUGGAGACUGUUGAGGACAAGAGCGUUAUCCAGGAUAAAGAUGCAGGUCUGGCCCUUCUUGGAGAACUGGCAGCUCUGCCCGAGAGUGAGGGAGACAGGAGAGCUGACCUCUUCCAUAACCUUGUCACCAUGGUCCGUGGAAUGAAGGCCGAAACCCUUCUCCCAGCCAUCCCUGAAGCUCUUGCCGUGUCCAGAGUCCUAUCCUACCAGGUCCUCGCCCAGUGUGGUACACCUGAGUGCAGCAGUGCCAUCAUGCAGAUCUUCAGGACUCUUGAUGCCUCUUCACUCGAGGUUGAUGCAGGAGUUUUUGCUUUGGGACUCGUCUCCAAUCCUUCUCCCCUGCUGAUCAAUGACAUGCUGGAGAUGGCCAAAUUCAAGCCCAGCAAGCCCAUCAUGUAUGCUCUGAGCAAUGUGGUCAAGAGAUACUACAAAGCUGAAGGAAAACUGAUCCCUGAGAUUAAUGCUGUUGCUGAGUUUAUGGCUGAACAGUUGGGAGACUGCACUGGUGACAAGGAUAAAACUUUCAUGACAUUGAGAGUCAUUGGAAACAUGGCUGCAGCUGUCGGACCUGCCAGUCCUACUCUCAGAACCGCUGUGAUCCAGUGUGUGAACCAACCCGAAGCUCCCCUGUCUGUGCAGCAGGCUGCCAUCCAAGCAUACAGGCUCACUGCCGUCCCCGAGGAGGGCAGAGAGGUUCUCAUGCAGGUCCUUUUGGACGGUGCUAGCCCAAUGCAAAAGCGUGUCGCUGCAUAUCUGGUUCUUAUGAAGGACCCUCAGCCCAGUGAACUUGCCCAGCUUGCAGCUGCUCUGCCCAUUGAGCAGGACAGCCAAGUCAAGAGCUUUGUGAUCUCCCAUGUGACCAACAUUUUGACCUCAACUGCACCAGAGACCGAGGGACUGAAGCAGAAGAUUCUUGAUGCCCUGCAGGGUAAUGAGGUUGGUCAAAUUAUGGACCCCACCAAGUUCUCUCGCAACUACAAGAUCGGAUCUGUGGAAGGCAACAUGAUCUUUGAGGGUGCCAGCUACCUGCCAAAGGAGGUCAUGCUUGAAAUGACUCUGAAGGCUUUUGGCUAUGACAUUGACAUGAUGGAGAUUGGUCUGGAGGGCACAGGAUUUGAGCCAACUGUUGAUGCUCUGUUUGGAGAGCAUGGUUUCUUCCCUGACACUGCUCUGAAGACGAUGUACUUUGUCUCUGACAACAUGCCGCUUCAAGUCAACGAGAUCCUGAAGAACAUUAUGCCUGCCUUGAAGAAGGACAGGAUGAAGAGACAGGCCACCCAAAACCUGUUAAGAGACCUUGGCCGCAACCUCAACAAACUUGUGAGGGAUCUGAAGACAACACAGACUCCUGAGGCCAUGGUUUAUCUGAGGCUUCUGGGUAAUGAGCUGGGAUACCUGAAGACAAAUGAAAUGGAGGAGAUGGCCUACUCUGCUGCCAUGUGGAUGGACAGCAUGUUCAAGAUGUUCCCAACUGAUCUGCUGAAGGCACUGAUGACUAAGGCUGACAACACAAUCUUUGCCCACUACAUCUUCAUGGACAAUGAAUUCUUCCUGCCUACUGCCACUGGUGUGCCUCUGAGGAUUGCACUGUCUGGUACUUUCACCCCUGGCAUCAAGGGCGGACUGAAUAUUGCUCCUGACAUGAGUGAAGUGAGCUUCAUGCCUUCUGCUGGCAUUGAGUUUGACACUCGGAUUGGUUCAUUCAUCCCCGAGUACGUCAAGUCCGGAUUAGAGAUGCACACCAGCAUAUUCCACGAGAGUGGGCUCACUGCCAAGGUCUCUGCUGAUGCUGGCAACUUCAAGCUGACCAUCCCUGCUCCAACUAAUGCUAUGAAGCUAUUGAAAAUGACAAACUCUCUGGUGGCAGUGACUCCAACAGGGGUGAUUACAAUCCCUCCUGUGGUGACAGACAAGGUUGAUGUUAGUGAGUGCACUCCCUUCUUCGCUGGAAUGAAAUACUGCAGUGCUCUGCAGUACACUGAUGCUUUCUCUCAGGAGACAGCACCCUACUUUCCCUUCACUGGAGACAGCAAAAUUGCCAUUGAACUCCACCCAACUGGUGAGGUCACUGAGUUUACAGCCACACUUACCUAUGAGCUCCUGAAGGAAGGAGAAGAGGGCCGGCAGAAGGUUGACUCUUUGAAGUUUGUUCUGAGGGCUGAAGGUGCAGAGCCCACUGAAGCCACAGCUAUGGUGAAAUAUAACAGAAGGAAGAAUGUCAUCACAGCCGACGUCCAGAUCCCAGACUACGACUUGGAGGCUGGACUCAGGGUGGGUGUUGUUGAUGGAUCCACCAAGGGCAAAGGAACUCACGCCAUCUCUAUUGACUUGAUAAACAAGAACAUCCCUCAGCUUUCCCUGGUUGGCCGUGCCAAAAUUUUGGCCAUGAAGGAAGCUAUGCUUCAAGUCCAACUCCUUGUCCCCAUGAUCAACACUGAUGCCACCAUCACAGCCAACCUGAAGCGUGAUGAAGAAAUGGAACUGGAGCUCAUGAGUGAAGUCAAGGUCAUGGAUGCCACAUCUGAGCAGAAAAUCGCAAUGAAAUAUGAUGGCACCAAGGUUGAGGUUGAGGUCAAGUCUGAUGUGAAUGCUGAGACUGCUAUCCUGCCAAAGGCUGAGAUGAUCAAACAGUAUGGCAAUGAGCUUCUUGACAUGCAGGUGGGACAGACUGACAUGAAGGUCCGUCACAUCCUAAUGAAGUUUGCUGAGGCAGCAAACAACUACAUGGAAAAGUAUGGUGCUGAUAUGCCUUACAUUCAGAACUUAAGAGUGCCUGAUAUGCCAGAGAUUUCCAUGCCAGAGAAAGUGUACCUGAAUUCUGAGGCAAAGGUUGUCUACCACUUCAACAAUGAGCACCUUAUCCUUUCUAUCCCUCUUCCUCUUGGAGGAAAGUCAACAGAGGAGCUGAACUUCCCACCAGCUUUGUCCACACCUUCUCUCUCUCUGCCCCAGUAUGGAGUGGAUAUCGUCUCUAUGGAAAUUCCCAUCCCAGAGCUUGUUGUCCCUGAGAGCCUUACUGUGUCUAUUCCUCUGUUUGGCAAAGCUGAGAUUUCAGCAAUGAUGAAGAGCAACCUGUACAACGUGGAAGCCACAAUUGCUGCCGGCAAAGAUGUUGUCGAGACACCAAGCUACUCUGCUAAGUUUGAGGUGACAGGAACCUCUCCACUUGACAUCCUCUCAGUGAAGAUGGACGGUUCUGGUAUGUUGGCCACCACUGAUGCCAUCAAGGCCCAGUUGAAAAGCUCUUUAGUUCAUAAACUCAUUGAGGCUAGUAUUAAUGUUGUUGAGGAAGCCACCUAUACAGACAAAGUUAGUCUGAAGUCCAGCAGCAAGAUUGAAGCCAAAAGCCCCUUGGGUGUCAGUGUUGCUCUGGAGCACACUGGUAUGGCUGGAGUCAACACUGAAGAAAUCUCUGCUGAUAGUAACUUAGAGGGAAUGUGGACAGUCGGACCAGCAUACGGCAAAGCCAUUGCAACCCAGUCCUUCACCAUCGCCCCAUUCAAGCCAGAGGCAAAGAUUGAUUCAUCUGUUCAGAUUGACUCCACAAUUGUCACGGCCAAGAACACCAUCGCUGCAACCCUUGCCAAUGGUGAGCUGUCAGUUGUCUCAAACACCAACGUCUUUGAAGACAUUCUGACCAAUGCUGCCGAGCUUUCCUUCAAAGAGAGCAAGCUGUCACUGAAAUCUGACACAAACGCCCUGGCUCUUGGUAUGAAGAUCCGCAACCAGGCUGAGGCUUCUGCCGGUGCAGGUGAAGUCAUCCUGAGAAUGGAAACAAAUGCAGACCACACUGAAAACCGUGUUUACUCUCUGCUCACUGCUUCCCUGAAUGUCGAUGGUCUGACUGUGAACAGUGAUGCCACCGUGAAGCUCCUUGAGAAUGAGGCUACUCACAAGGCUACUCUGACAAUGAACAAAGAUGGUUUGAUCACAAGUGGAACCACCGCCCUCCAGAGCGCUCUUGCCCUUGAAAACACCUUUAAUGCAGCACUUGAUGCUUCAAAGGCUUCCCUGUCUAUCAACAACAAGGCUGUUAUGCAGGACAUUAAGGUUGAUAAUGCCAACACUCUUACCAUCACUCUCUCUAGCAUUGACUUCAACUCAAAGGCUGAAGCCACCGCAAGUGAGUAUGCCUCUUACACACAUGAUGUCACCAUCGACCUGAAACCCUACACAGCUUCUGCAAACGUAAACAACAACCUGAAAGUUCUUGCGGCCAACAUUGUUAAUGAGGCUCAGCUCAAGGCAGAGCUCUACAAGAUUGACCUCACUGGAAGCCUGAAAGCCAUCUAUGGUGAAGAAGAGAUCAAGCACAUCUAUCAGGUCAAUUAUGCUGAUAUGGCUGCAAACGCAAAGUGCAGCACUACUGGAACAAUCCUUGGAACCCACAUGAGCCACAACACUGAGCUUGAAGUUAUUGGUCUUGCAGCCAGGAUCACCAAUGAUGCCCGCUUCAACUCACAGCCAAUGCGCUUUGAUCACACCAUCCGCUGCAGUGUUGUACCUUUUGAUUUCAAUCUUGAUGCCAUCUUCAAUGCUGAUGGAGACAUGACCAUGUAUGGAAAGCACAGUGCUCAGCUCUAUGGCAAGUGGCUCCUUAAAGCACAACCCCUGGCAGUUGCAAGCUCUCAUGAAUGCAGAGCAUCAGUGGCCCAGCAGCUGGAUAAUGGUUUCUCCCUGGAGACGACAUUUGACAACAAGAUGGAUAACGUUCUGUCACUUCAAGAGCAGAAGAGCAGUUUUAGACUGAAAUCCAAGGUGAAUGACCACUCCCUCAGUCAGGACUUAAGUAUCUACAACACUGCUGACAGAACUGGACUGGAGGUUUCUGGCACCAUCCUCACAAACAUCCUCAACGGUGACUCCACAGAGAACCAGGAAUUCACCCUCUCUGGCUUCCUCAAGUAUGACAAGAUGACAGAAUGCCAUGCAAUUCAGAUCCCUCUGGUCUUGCUGGAAAGCAUCAAGGGCUUAGUCGUAUAUGUUGGAGAGGCACUGCAAGGUUUCAUUAACAACGAGGAGAUCAGGGCUAAAAUUGAGGCUCUUCCACAGUAUGUAGAAGACUUUGUUUCUCAACUGAAUGUAGAAGACAAGGUUAAUCAGCUGAAGCAGUUCUUAAGUGAUCUUACCCAAGAAUAUGUCAUCUCCAUGGAGGAUGUGGAAGCCACAAUCAGUAACCUGAAGGCAGUUGUAACGACACUGCUCUCAGAUCUCAGUGUUUACAUCCAAAACUAUGCUGGUAUGAUUAAGGACAUUAUUUUCAGUGGUACCCUUCCUGAAACCCUCAUUCAGAAGACCCAAGAACUGCUGGAUGCCAUUACAGAGGAAUUUGACAUCAGGGGCACAGUUAUGUAUGUAAUUGAUACCAUUAAGGAUAUGAUUGAGCAGUUUGACCUGGAAAAACUGAAGGGCAGCAGCAUUGCAUUCCUCAGUGACAUCGAUGCCACGUAUGAAAUCAAGGCCAAACUGCAGGCAGUGGUAGAUUAUGUGAAAGAAAAAGUUGCAACCUUUGACAUGCAAGUAUUUGUUGCUGACCUGAAGAGUUUUAUUUCAUCUGUUGAAUUUAAGGCUCGCAUUGAUGAACUUGUCAGUCAGAUUCCCACUGAGAUCUUCAAAGGUAUCACAGAUACUGUCGCAGAACUUGUUCAGGAACUUGACAUCUUAGGCAAGAUCAACGUUUUCUCUGCCAAGUUGAGAGAGCUGAUUGUGAAGUUUGAGGCUGACAAAAAGGUUCAAGCUAUCUUGGAAAAGGUUGUAGAGCUCAUUCAGGAAUGGAAAAUUGAGGAAACCAUCAAGACUGUUACAACAAUGGUAAAGGAUGUUAACCUCCCUGGCUUGUUUGCACAAGGCCUCGAAAACACCAUGAACUACUUGAAAACAACCGAUGUCAUGUCAAUGAUUCAAGCUUUGAACACAAUGAUUGAAAAUGCCGUGCAGAGUCUGAAGGCAAUGGAGUAUAAUGAUUUGGUGAAUUUGGUGAAUGACUGGAUUAAGUAUGCUACAGAUUAUGUAAAUACCCUGAUCAGCAGUCUUGAAAUUCCCCAGAAACUUGAAGCAACAAAAAAUCUUGUCAACCUGGGCCUGUCCACUGUUACAAGCUUGGUGGAAAGUGUUAGAGAAAUCAAAGUAGCAGAAGCAAUUAAAUCCGGCAAGGAUUUCAUUGACCAGGCUGUUCUUGCUAACCUUAAGGGACUGGUAGAAUUUGUAAAGCAGACAGUUACAGAUCUUGAUGUCCAAGCCCAGAUUACAUCUUACCUGGACUUUGUGAGCAAAUACUAUGCAAAGCUCUUCACCAUCGUCACUGAUCUGUUCACCAAUGUGGUUGAGAUGAUUAAGUCAGUCGUACCUGAUCAGAAAAUCAUCAGCGAGGUUCAGCAAAUCCUUACUGGGCUCUUGACUGAACUUAAGACAAUUGAGUUGAGCACGCCGUCCUUCAGCAUGCCUCUCACUGAUCUCGUUGUGCCCUCAAUGAAGCUCAACAUGGAUAAGCUUGAAAUCCCAACACAGCUGGACAUCCCUGAGUUCACUAUCCUGGGCUCCUGGACAGUCCAAGCCACCACAGUUUCCAUUGAUGACAUCAAGCAGAGAAUCAUUGAACUUCUUGACCUAGUUUUAAGCUUUGAGAUCCCAAUGCUUGAUGUGGAUGCUUUCUAUGGAGAUCUGACAAUGAACUAUCUUCCUUCCCUUCCAGAGAUAACCUUACCAGAAAUCUCUAUUUCUCAGAUCUCAUUCCCUGCCCUCCCCGAAGUCCCGUUAGAAAAAUUUGUUAAGUCUCUUGAGUUGCCUGAGAUGAAACUGCCAACCAUUGCAACUGAUAUCAUGUUCCCAUGCUUUGGUAAACUCUAUGGUGAGAUCAAACUUAGCACCCCCAUCUACACAAUGAGGACAACUGGUGAGUUACAGAACUCAACUGAGAGUGAAAUGACACCCACAUUCACUGGGUUCUUUUCAUCCCAGGGCACAUCACCAAGUCUUGAAAUUUUAAAUUUCAACAUUGACUCCACUGCUCGUGUUGCCAUCCCAAAAUUAAGCCGUGUUGUUUUGGCAGAGACCAUCAAAAUAACCCUUAGUGGUCUUGAAACUAAUCAUCAGGCAUCUGUAACCCUUUAUGGCCUAUCAGCUCAAGCCCAAGCAAAAACUACAGUCAAGGUGAACACUGCACCUUACACUGCUGAGUUUAUGAACACAGCCUUUAUUGCUUAUGAAGAAGGAAUGUCUGCUUCUCUUGAUUCAUCUUACACUCAUAAUUUAGAAUCCCCACUUUUCAACAUCAAAAACGAGGUUGAGGUAACCCAGAAGGCAGUUGCUCGCCAAAAUGGCUACACCUUCACUCUUACUGCAGACAACACCGGCAAGAUCAAUGCUGAUGAUGGCAACCACAAGAGUAACUUGCACUUGUCACUCACUCCCAGCAUUAUGACUUUGACCUUCUCUGGAGACACAGAUUCUGCUCUCUUAAAGCUGAAACAGCAAAUUACAGCUGAGAUUGGCACCUUUUCUUACCUGAAGUUCAAUGUUCGCAAUGAAGCAGAGGCACCAAUUAUCAAGAACAGUCUUUUUGUGGCAUCUGGACUUGUUAACUUGUAUGACAUGAAAGCUGAGCUGAAAGCAAAUCAUGACACAGAACUGUACGGUGCAGUUAGUGGAGUCUUGUCCAAUGGAAUCCACAUAGUAGCCCGUCCUGUGGAGCUGGUUGCUGAAUUCCAAAACAAAGGAAAUGCCAAGGUGAACAUUUUUGAUGCUCUUGUUGCUAAGAUAGAUCUGCAGAAUGAUUACACUGCCAUGCUCAGACCUGAGGGUCAACAGUUUAACACUGUGGUUCUGGCUCGUUUUAAUCAGUUCAAAGUAUUCGGUAACAUGACUGUGGACAAUAAUGUAAAUGAGGUUGGCAUCUUUGCUGCCAUGGACGGUGAAGCAAAUCUUGACUUCCUGACAUCCCCCAUUAGCAUUCCUGAGCUUGAUCUGCCUUUUGUUGACUUCCAUACUCCAGCUAUCAGUGAUCUGAACUUGUAUGAGGAAACUGGAUUGAAGAACAUUUUGACUACCACUGAGCAGACAGUAGGUGUUGAUGCCAAGGUUGUCUACAAGAAGAGUCAAGCUGCCCCACUUGUUGAUGUGAUGGGUCUUGUUCAGAUCCCCUCCCUGGGUAACCUGAUCACAGAUCUGUCUAUCAAGUCUGCCAUCAUUAAUUUGAAUGCCAAUGCUGGGCUGUAUGCUGAUGACGAUAUUGUGCUCCGUCUUGGAGCUACCACAGCCUCUGUGUUUGACAGUCUGAAAGCCAAACUUGACGGCACCGCAAGUCUCACCACCAAGAGAGGAAUCAAGCUGGCCAAUUCCCUGUCCCUUGAGAAUCAGCACAUUGAAGGAACUCAUGACAGCACCGUCGCUGUGAACACUGAGACACUUGAAGCUGCAGUCUCUGUGGUUACAGUAGCAAAGGUUGCCCUGCCCAUUCUCAGCCUGGAAGCAAACCAAAACCUGGCUGCUGACACCAAAACCAAACCAAAUGCUGUGUCUACCUGGAGAGUGAAGGGUGAUUUCAACAUCCCAGUGGUUAAGGCUGUUGGCAAGAUGGAGAUGGACCACAGUCUGAAGCUGGAGGGAACCUUUGAUGAAGUUUCCAUGGAGACAUCCACAAAGGCAAACAUGGAUGGUACAGUGCUGGAUGACUACCUAGUUUUGGGAAUCCUUGACAAUGAAGCCAACAUGUAUCUCAAUACUAAUGGCCUUAGAUCCACCCUUAAGGUUAUUGCUGAUGCCAAGCUUAACAAAGGCACAGACAAAGUCAUUGGCAUGGAUGUAAAUGAGAAUCUUGAAGUUGAAGCCUCCUUGAGCCGCGUGUAUGCAGUGCUGAAGUUUAUUAGCAACAACGAAGCAAACGUAUUCGACUUUACCACCACUGGAAAGCAUACUGCCCUGGCUACAAUUGAUCUUGCUCCAAUCUCCUCACUGACUGCUGAUAUUGAGAUUGAUAUGUCUCAGCCAACCAGCCUUGGUGACUUCACCAUCUUUGACAAAACUGUUGCUGAAGUGACAGCUGCCAAGCAGAAGGUUUCUACCAAUGCCAAGAUUGUCAGCCCACUGUACACCACCAACCUGGCAGUUGAGGUUGACGGGAGUGCUCCUGUCUUCAAAGUCACCAUUAAGUCCUCUGCCACCUCUGUUUUGGCUGUCUUGGAUUAUGACAUGGAUGCCUCCUCCACUGCAAGCCUUGAGGAUGGUCUAAGCUUGACGAACAAGCUUGCCCUGACACAUGCUGACUUAACCAUGAACCUAAACCAUUUCUCAGGCCAAGCCAUGAGGAAAAAACGCCAGGCUGAUGACAGUGCCUCUGGCCAUACCCUGAAUGUGGACAUUACCAGUCCUAUUUUCACUGAUAUGAGCCUUCGUGCUGCUCUCAGAAAUGGUAUCACUGCUUCACUUUCUAUCCCAUCAACUGGCUUCCUGGGCUUGACUGCAGUCCCAUCUCAGCUCAGAGUCUAUGGUCGUUAUCCUUCCACCCCAGAUGUUGAUGUUGAUGUCUUGAUCAUUAAAUCAAUUGCAAAGGAUGCUGAAAAGAUGAACCUGCAAGUUGCCUACAACAUGGAGGCCCCCAAAGCAUUGCUCUCAGAAAUCAAGACAAGAGUCCCUUCCGUCAUCUCUGCAUUAACAAUGUUCGCAGACAAAUACCAAAUCACAAGUACCGUUGAGGAGUUGAAGAACACAAUUGUUACCCGCAUCAGCGAGGCCUAUGAGGCUGCAGUUAACUAUGAUACCCAGUUGAGCCAGCUCUCAAUCUUCUUCAGAAACAGCAUUGUCCAGUACCAACUUACAGUCCAGACCAUCCUGGAUGCUGUCAUCAAGGUUCUGAGGGAGACCCAGUUCAAAAUGCCCGGGAGUGAUGAGAUGACCACCCUCCCUGAGGUCCUGAAGAAGCUUACCAGCAGCAUUGCUGCUAUGCUUGAUGCGACCAUUCAGACCGUCUAUGCGGCACUUGAGACCCACCUUAACUCCUUUGUUGAGAUGAUCAGUAAUGUUAAAGUACGCAUGCCAGUUGGUGAUGCAGUUUCUGUAGGCCAGGUCUUGGAUCAGGUCAAAACAGUUUACAAGACAAUCUUUGAUGAACUGGUGGACAUUGUGAAAAAUAUGGAAAGUAUUGACACAAUGCUAGUGAAGAUAGGUGAGACCCUGAAGGCUGUUGUUGACAAAUCUCAGGAGUUUAUUGACUCUGUCCAGUCUGACUAUUUAGAUGCCGUGUUCGUCAACAUCAAUGUCCUCUAUGUUAACUUUGUCUCAGUCCUAAAGACUGUUACUGACCAGCUCUCUGCCCUUAAUAUGGAGCAGCUCAACAGUUCAUUUGAGUACAUAAUGGAUACAGUCAUUUACGUUGUGGACCAAUUCAACACCACUGUCUAUGGUUUACUGCAGCAAGCUUCAGCUGAGGCUCAGGCCUACAUGAAAGUUAGUGAUGGUAGGCUUGAGAUUGAACUUCCAUUUCCCUUCCAUCAGUGAGGAACUCUCACAGACUGAAGACUAAGUCCAUAUGAAACACUACCAUCUGUUCAAAAUGUGCUUGUAAGAUUAUGGACAAUUAGCUCUUUAACCAUAUUUAUAACAAUGAGUUUAACAGCAACCACUGUUGUAACAUUUUAAUCUCAAUGGUUUAUUGUGUGCAAACAUUGAAAUGUAAAGUUCAACGGCAAUUUCAUGUAAAAGUUUGAA